AUCUCUCAGUCCCAGCGCCCUCUCGCUCCUCUCAUUUCUCGGGGGAUAGGCGGCGGGGGUCGGGCUGACCCCGCGGCGGGAGCUGAGACUGAGGAAGCUUGUGGAGAUGAUGAGGGAGCACAUUCCGAGCACUGAGAAAAGGUUGGAGACCAGCUGGUAGCUGCAGUAAACUGGAACUUUGUGAAGGUGAGGGGGAGUAAGGCUGGAAUAAGGUGUGAAAGCAAAAUGGCGGGAAACAGCCUUGUUCUACCAAUUGUUCUUUGGGGUCGUAAAGCACCAACACACUGCAUCUCAACUGUGCUUUUAAUGGAUGAUGGGGCUACAAUUGUAACAGGAUGUCAUGAUGGACAAAUAUGCCUCUGGGAUCUUUCCCUAGAACUGGAAAUUAACCCUCGGGCUCUCUUGUUUGGCCAUACAGCUUCCAUUACUUGUUUGUCCAAAGCUUGUGCUUCUAGUGACCGGCAGUAUGUAGUGAGUGCAUCUGAAAGUGGAGAAAUGUGCCUUUGGGAUGUAAGUGAUGGCAGAUGUAUUGAGUUUACGAAAUUAGCUUGCACACAUACUGGCAUACAGUUCUACCAGUUCUCUGUUGGGAAUCAGCGUGAAGGGAGACUGCUGUGCCAUGGACAUUACCCUGAAAUUCUGGUUGUGGAUGCCACCAGCCUUGAGGUUCUUUACUCCUUAGUGUCGAAGAUAUCUCCUGACUGGAUUAGCUCUAUGAGUAUUAUUCGAUCACACCGAACACAAGAGGAUACUGUUGUAGCAGUUUCAGUAACAGGAAUCUUGAAAGUUUGGAUUGUUACAUCUGAAGUUAGUGAUACCCAGGAUACUGAGCCAAUAUUUGAAGAAGAAUCCAAACCAAUUUAUUGUCAGAAUUGCCAAAGUAUUUCUUUCUGUGCAUUUACCCAAAGGUCACUUUUGGUUGUGUGUUCCAAAUAUUGGAGGGUAUUUGAUGCUGGAGAUUAUUCUCUGUUAUGUUCUGGCCCCAGUGAAAAUGGACAAACGUGGACAGGAGGUGACUUCAUAUCAGCAGAUAAAGUUAUUAUUUGGACAGAAAAUGGACAAAGUUAUAUUUACAAACUACCUGCCAGUUGCCUACCUGCUAGUGGUUCAUUCCGCAGUGAUGUUGGAAAAGCUGUUGAAAAUUUAAUUCCUCCUUUACAGUAUGGUCUCUUGGAUAGAGAGGAUAAAGAGUUAUUUAUCUGCCCUCCUGUUACUCGAUUCUUUUAUGGACGUAGGGAUUGCUUCCAUAAGCUACUUAUUCAAGGAGACUCUUCAGGAAGAUUGUGUAUUUGGAAUGUACCAGACACACUUGAAAAACAGGAAGCUGCAGAAGGAUUGGAAAUGACAACUUCAAUUUGUUUACAAGAGGCCUUUGGUAAACUCACUCCUUGUCCUGCUGGAAUCAUAGAUCAACUGAGUUUGGUUCCUAAUAGCAGUGAACCUUUGAAAGUUACAGCAAGUGUGUACAUUCCAUCCCAUGGACGACUAGUUUGUGGUCGUGAAGAUGGAAGCAUAAUUAUUGUGCCAGCAACACAAACUGCUAUAGUCCAGCUGCUACAGGGGGAACACAUGCUCCGGAGAGGUUGGCCACCUCACCGAACUCUUCGGGGUCAUCGGAACAAAAUUACAUGUUUACUAUAUCCUCAUCAGGUCUCAGCUCGUUAUGACCAAAGAUACUUGAUCUCUGGAGGAGUGGAUUUCUCUGUCAUAAUCUGGGAUAUAUUUUCUGGAGAAAUGAAACAUAUCUUCUGUGUGCAUGGUGGAGAGAUUACUCAGCUCCUUGUUCCACCUGAAAACUGUAGUACAAGGGUGCAACACUGCAUCUGCUCUGUAGCCAGUGACCAUUCUGUAGGACUUCUGAGUUUGAGAGAGAAAAAAUGUAUCAUGUUGGCAUCUCGUCACCUUUUUCCCAUCCAAGUAAUAAAGUGGAGGCCUUCAGAUGAUUACCUAGUGGUUGGCUGUUCAGAUGGCUCUGUAUAUGUCUGGCAAAUGGAUACUGGUGCACUGGAUCGUUGUGUGAUGGGGAUUACAGCAGUCGAGAUAUUGAAUGCUUGUGAUGAAGCAGUUCCUGCUGCAGUCGAUUCUCUUAGUCAUCCAGCUAUUAAUUUAAAACAGGCUAUGACAAGACGUAGUCUUGCUGCUCUAAAAAAUAUGGCCCAUCACAAGCUACAAACCCUUGCCACUAAUCUCUUGGCUUCUGAAGCAUCUGACAAAGGAAAUUUACCUAAGUAUUCUCAUAAUUCUCUGAUGGUUCAAGCAAUAAAGACUAACCUAACAGAUCCGGACAUACAUGUUCUCUUCUUUGAUGUGGAAGCAUUGAUUAUUCAGCUACUGACCGAAGAAGCCUCUAGGCCGAAUACUGCCCUUAUUUCCCCAGAGAGUUUGCAUAAAGCAUCUGGCAGUGCUGACAAAGGGGGCUCUUUCCUGACUGGCAAAAGAGCAGCCGUACUCUUCCAACAAGUCAAAGAAACAAUCAAAGAGAACAUAAAGGAACAUCUCCUUGAUGAUGAAGAUGAGGAUGAGGAGAUGCUGAGGCAGAAGAGAGAAGAAAGUGAUCCAGAGUACCGAUCUAGCAAAUCUAAGCCAUUGACUUUAUUAGAGUAUAAUCUAACAAUGGAUACAGCAAAGUUGUUUAUGUCCUGUCUUCAUGCCUGGGGUCUGAAUGAAGUUCUAGAUGAAGUUUGUCUGGACCGCCUUGGAAUGCUUAAACCCCACUGCACAGUCUCCUUUGGUCUUUUGUCAAGAGGAGGCCACAUGUCAUUGAUGCUUCCUGGUCAUAACCAGCCUGUAUGUAAGGCGUCCUGUGGAAAACCAAAAUUCUCAGCCACUGAGGGAGUAGGAAAAGGAACCUAUGGAGUAUCCCGGGCUGUCACCACUCAGCACCUUCUGUCUAUUAUAUCUUUGGCAAAUACUUUAAUGAGUAUGACCAAUGCAACUUUUAUUGGUGAUCAUAUGAAGAAGGGCCCUGUCAGGCCACCUAGGCCAAGCACCCCAGACUUUUCUAAAAUGAAGGGUUCCCCUCCGACUUCCAGUAAUGUUGUGCAAGGACAGAUUAAACAAGGAUGGAGUCAGCUAGCUGCUAUGCAUUGUGUUAUGCUUCCAGACCUACUGGGAUUGGAUAAAUUUAGACCUCCACUUCUAGAAAUGCUGGCUCGUAGAUGGCAGGAUCGAUGCCUGGAGGUAAGAGAAGCAGCUCAGGCUUUACUGUUAGCUGAAUUGAGAAGGAUUGAACAAGGAGGACGAAAAGAAACAAUUGAUGCUUGGGCUCCUUAUUUACCUCAAUAUAUGGAUAGUGUUAUAUCACCUGGAGUGACAGCAGAAUCCAUUCAGACCGCAACUGCCAGUCCAGAUGCCUUGGGGACUGAAACUAAAGUCCAAGAAGAAGAGCAUGAUCUUGUUGAUGAUGACAUCACAGCAGGCUGCCUAUCAUCAGGUCUCCCACAAAUGAAAAAAAUAUCUACAUCAUAUGAAGAAAGACGUAAACAGGCUACAGCUAUUGUUUUAUUAGGAGUGAUAGGAGCUGAAUUUGGUGCAGAAAUUGAGCCUCCAAAAUUGUUGACAAGACCUCGAAGUUCCAGCCAAAUUCCUGAAGGGUUUGGUUUGACCAGUGGUGGAUCCAACUAUUCAUUAGCCAGACAUACUUGCAAGGCAUUGACAUUCCUUCUCCUACAACCACCUAGUCCUAAACUCCCUCCACAUAGCACAAUCAGAAGAACUGCUAUUGAUCUAAUUGGACGAGGUUUUACAGUAUGGGAGCCGUAUAUGGAUGUGUCUGCUGUCCUGAUGGGCCUUCUUGAGCUUUGUGCCGAUGCUGAGAAGCAACUUGCUAACAUCACAAUGGGGCUGCCCCUGAGUCCAGCAGCUGACUCCGCCCGCUCUGCGAGACAUGCCCUCUCACUCAUUGCCACAGCCAGACCACCCGCCUUUAUCACAACUAUUGCCAAGGAGGUACAUAGACAUACUGCUCUAGCAGCGAACACCCAAUCACAGCAAAAUAUCCACACUACAACUCUUGCUCGAGCUAAAGGGGAGAUCCUGAGAGUCAUUGAAAUCCUUAUUGAAAAAAUGCCCACAGAUGUUGUUGAUCUUCUUGUUGAGGUUAUGGACAUUAUAAUGUACUGUCUUGAAGGAUCUUUAGUUAAAAAGAAGGGACUUCAAGAGUGUUUCCCAGCCAUCUGCAGGUUCUACAUGGUCAGCUAUUAUGAACGGAAUCACAGAAUAGCAGUUGGAGCUCGCCAUGGUUCAGUGGCCCUGUACGACAUUCGGACUGGAAAAUGUCAGACAAUUCAUGGGCACAAGGGGCCAAUAACUGCUGUGGCAUUUGCUCCUGAUGGACGAUAUCUUGCCACCUACUCAAACUCUGACAGUCACAUUUCCUUCUGGCAGAUGAAUACCUCACUGUUGGGAAGUAUUGGCAUGCUGAACUCAGCACCCCAACUUCGCUGUAUUAAAACUUACCAGGUGCCCCCUGUCCAGCCUGCAUCCCCUGGGUCACAUAAUGCGCUCAGACUGGCCCGGCUGAUCUGGACUUCGAAUCGCAAUGUUAUUCUAAUGGCCCAUGAUGGAAAGGAGCAUCGAUUUAUGGUCUAGAAUUAAGGUCUAUGUUAUUAUAAUUUUUUUUUUAAAAUUCUCUGUAAGCCUAUAUUUCUCCAUCCUUACUCAUACUGGAUUUACCCACAUCAGUGCCUAUAGAAGUCAUCGAGUGGGAUCAGCCAGAUAAGCAACAUUUGUGCAUGGUUCUUUCUGUAGGGCAGAAUCCCCUUUGUACCAACUAUGGAUUCAGAGGCACAUACUUACCAACUCAAUAGUCUGUGGUUAUUUGAUCACCAGAUGGUUUUUCCCUGCCAUUGGUGGGAGAGAAAAGAAGGCAGUUAUUGGGAAGGUUCUUGUUGCUUGGUGCAGCAGAAGCUGGAAAAUCAAUGAACACUGUGAUUGCACUCCCUGACUAGAUCAGCAUUUUCAGGAAUUUAAGCCCAAGCUCUGACAUACAGUAGAAUCUAGUAGCUUUGAUAUUGGAUGUUGAGGUAAUAUGGCAGUCCUAAUUAUCAACAUAAUUUUCUUUUGGGUUUCUUAAUACAUACUACUAUUUACCAAAAAGUUUCUACAUUUACAUGUACUUUCCUCAGGUGAUCACUGGGUGAUUACUCGGUCCAGUGUUCUAGACCUUAUCAGUUACCUUCCUUUUUAAGGAUCUAACUGGUUUGAGAGAAGUGAGAAAGUAUAUGGAGAAAUUUUCAACAUAAAACAGCCUCUUUUAGGCAAAUGCCCUUCUGUAAUGUUCAAGUGAUGGCUUAUUCAUUAGAUAGUUUAAUCCAUUGCUUGUUGUGAUCUAAACAAAAGAAGUAUCUAGUCCACAUAACAAUACCUUCAGUUUUGCACAAUAAAAAACAAAACCUAAGAUCAUUCUUGUAUACAUAUAUAUGGAGAUACUUUUUUUUUUCUGAAAAAGAGCUUAUUCCCCCCAGAAAUAUUUCAAAUCUAUGAAUCAAAUUGUAGGAAAUUACAUUUGUGGCAUGUCAGUUAUCAUGCUGAUAAUUCUAAUGUUGAAUUUAGCCUUCAAAAACCAUUGAUUGAGUAAAGGAGGUUUUGUUUGUUUUUGCAAAAACUCUGCCAAAAUGAAAAUAUCCUAGGUAAUUAGCAAACAUGGCACAAAAUUGUGAAAAACAUAUGAAAGGUGAAUGAUUUAUGUUUCUGUAAAUUUGCUUGAAUAUAAUAUCCAAAGGAGGAUUUUUUCUUCUUCAGCGUAUUUAGGUGUUCAUUUUUUUCUGCUACAUAUCAGUUUGUCAAAUUAUGCUAGUUCAUGCUCACAGUAAUAAAAGAAAUCCUUAAAAUAAUAUUUUGUAUAAACUAUUCCUAACAAAUAUUGAUGUAUGUAUAGUUUUGUUGGCUUAAGGAUUUGUAGGGUAGGGGACUAGUGGCCAUUUUGUCUGAAAACUCAUGAAAGGAAAAUGUUCUGUAAGUUAAUGAUUAGAGAAAAAGAAAAUAUGGAACUCACUGAGAAACCAAAAGUGGUAAUAAAGGAAGAAAGCAAACGAUUGCUUCUAAAUUUAAAAAUCAUUGAUUUUUCAAAGAGAGAGUUUAUGUAAUAUAUGGAAAAAGUAAGAUCACAGUCUACACACAGCAACACAUCUAUUGUUUUACUGAAGUGAGUUUGUAAAGAACAGAAAAAGAAAUUAAGACCAUUAGGAAUGUUUCCCUCAUAUUGUUGUAAAGUGUAUUAUUUCUAACUGUGGCAAAGCUGUAGUAUUCCCUGGUGGUCAAAUUCUGUAGUAUGGAUAUUUUUUGAAGUGAAUUUAUGCCACGUGCAUGAGUAUUGUAUUUAUAAAGACUAUAUGUGUAGUUUCCGAGGAAGAAGUAAAGACCUAUACAGCAUAAUCUUUGUUUGAUGAAUAUGCUGUCAUGCUCAAUUUAGAUAGAGAACUAUGAAGAAAAACUAAAAGGUGCACUUUAUUUAUUUUCCAGUAGGCUACCUGAGCCAUGAACACCCUGAGUCAUGUUCUUGGAAGGAGCAUGUCCAUGUUUAUUUUCUGAAUCUAAAAGAGAAUUAAUUUCUUCUAGUGUACAAAAAUAUUUUGGGAUGAUAUUGUAAAAGUGUACCUUAAGAAGAGUAAACUGCCUGUGUUUCUUUUAUAAACAAACCAUUUAAAUACUUCACAAGAAGGAACAGGACAAGACAACAGCCUCAUUUCAUCUCUUCCAGAUACAGUUGUGGUAUAGAGAAGAAAAUAAAUUGGGAAAGCUACAUGAGUCAGAAUGCUCCAGAGAUUAACAUCUUUCCAUCUCUCACAAUCUCUGUCCAAGCAGACCAUCAGAGUUAUGGGCCAGGAGCAGGUUCCGUUACCAAGCCCUGGAGUGGGGUGAUGUUAGCUAGUAGACAUAUCCAACUACUACACUAAAAUUGGCCUAUUGGUUAAACACAAACCUCUUCACCACUUUGUCAACUAUAGUCCCAAACUUCAUUCCAGCUUAGAUCUCUCAGCACCGUGGUAAACUUCGUAUUGUCACUCCAGUGUAAGCUUUUAGUGUUUUAUUGAUUUGUUAGUACUGUAUUUGGACUUGUCCUUGUAAAUGUAGAGACAUCUGUGGCUUCAUUGGCAGUUUAUAAGCAAAAGAUGACAUGAUGGGACACCUGUAUGAAAAUGUUGUGAUGACUGAAGUGACUAUGGGUCACAAAUGAGCUGAAAUGUCUGCCAGAUUCCACUUAAUAGAUGCUCUGUGCACUAAAUGUCCCUGUGUACAUAUGUGUGUGAAAUAAAACUGAAUUGUACUGAAAAACA